AUGGCUCCUUCCCUUAUGAAAACACCAAAUGCAUCAAAGUCUAAUUUAGCAAAUCCUGGAAAAAACUUGUAUGCCUGCAGGGCAGAAGAGAAGGCGCCCGGUACUAAAAUUUGGAACAGAAAUGAGUAUACUCUUCUGAGUAACACAACAGGUUCAAGAUCCAACAGUGGAAUUCUUCAAAAGUUUGGGAGCAUUUCAAAUAGUUUGAGAACUGUUCAGCAGCCAAAAAACCCUGAUAACCAUAAUUCACCUCAGCUUAUCAAAACACCAGAGACCAGCCAAACAUAUGCAGCUAAGGGACAAUGGCCAGCAAAACCUAACACUGCUUCAGCAGCUCUGCAGGAUCGUAGUCUGGUGUAUAAAUUUAACCACAGUACUCAGCAAACAAAAAUGAGUGAAAACCAAUUUGAUUGUGUUCCAGAAGACAAAGGUCAGGAAGCUUCAUCAUCUCUGUUAAAAAUUAAAGAAAAAAAGAAUUCGUUGCGAAUCUUAUCUGCAGUCAUUGAAAGUAUGAGGCACUGGAGUCAAUAUUCUUAUAAAACUCCACUAUUAUUUGAAGUUCUAGGCACGCUCGAUUCUGCAGUCACACCUGGAGCAUAUGGGGCAAAGACUUUUCUCCUGAGGGAUGGAAAGGAGAGUCUGCCUUGUGUCUUCUACGAAAUUGACCGGGAGCUCCCAAGACUAAUUAGAGGUCGAGUGCACAGGUGCAUGGGAAACUAUGAUGCAAAAAGGAACAUUUUCAAGUGUGUCUCUGUACGACCAGCAACUAUUCAAGAGCAAAAUGCUUUCCAAGAAUUUGUUAAAAUUGCAGAUAUUGAGAUGACAAAAUAUGUCAAAACAAUGAAUGAAAUUUGA